AAGACUCAAACCCUCACAGUAAAAAUUCUACAAAAGAGCCACCUUGUAGUAAAAUCACUUUACUAAAAUGUAAGAUACAAGGGAAAGAAAAGGAGUUUGUAUGUACAUAUUUCUUGUGGUUUGUCACGUAUUUUUUCAAAAAUAUAUGAUAUUAUUAAAAGAGAAAAAUGAAAUUCUCAUACAGGUUUAGUAAUUUACUUGGUACAGUCUACCAUAAAGGAGACUUACUUUUUUCUCCAGAUGGAUUAUCAGUUAUUAGCCCUGUAGGAAAUAGAAUUACAAUUUUUGAUUUAAAAAACAAUAAAUCUAUAACGCUUCCUGUGGAAAGCAGAUUUAAUUAUGUGACUAUAGAUAUAUCACCAAAUGGCAGUAUGCUAAUUGCAAUUAAUACAGAUGGUGAAGCUCACAUAAUUAGUUUGAUAAGUAAAGUUAUUCUACAUAAAUAUAGAUUUAAAGGGCGUCCCAAGUGUGUGAAAUUUUCCCCAGAUGGAAAAUAUUUUGCAGUUUGCAAAGGAGGUGGUGUUUUUGUUUUUAACGCACCAAGUUUACAAACAGGAAAUUAUAAUCCGUUUAUUCUGGAACGUUCAUUUCAUGGAGCUACCGCUGAAACUACAUGCAUUAAUUGGUCUUUUGAUUCAAAACUAUUAGCAGUUGGUUCAAAGGAUACUACUAUAAAGAUAUAUAGUUUACAAAAAUAUGCAAAUCUUAGGUGGAUUACAUUGGGUGGUCACUCUGAUGUUAUAGUGGCAUGUUUCUUUGAAAAGAAAGAUUAUGACAUGUAUACUAUUAGCAAAAAUGGCCGACUUUUUGUGUGGGAAUGCACGAUUGAUCCGGAUGAUUGGGUUGAAUGGCAGCCACCUGCAAAAAAAGAAAAGUCUAAUGAUAGUGAAAGUGAUAGUGAAGAUGAUAUUGACAUAGACAAGAUUAUAGAAAAAACAGAAAAGCAAAAGGCGCGUGCUGAACGUAAAUUAUUAGAAUCAGAUGAUUUGCUGGAAAAUGAAGAAGAAGAAGAGGAUAUUAUAAAAGAAGAAAAUAUCCAAAAGACAAAAAUUAAAUUGCUAGGUUAUAGAAAACAAGCUACUUUUUAUUUGGAAAACGAAGUCCAGAAGCAGUAUAAGGAAGCAAGGCUUACUGCAGCUGCUUAUCAUCAAGAUACUCGUAUAAUGGUUGUAGGUUUUAAUAUAGGUUCAUUUUAUUUAUACGAAAUGCCGCACGCCAAUUUGAUUCAUUCAUUAAGUAUUUCCCGACAACGUAUCUCGUCAAUAGCAUUAAAUUCUACUGGAGAUUGGAUAGCUAUAGGAUGUGCUCACGCUGGUCAGCUACUAGUUUGGGAAUGGCAAAGCGAGACAUAUGCGAUGAAACAGCAAGGACACAGAACCAAUAUGAACUGUCUUGCGUACAGUCCCGAUGGCCAAUAUAUCAUAACAGGCGGCGACGACGGAAAAGUCAAACUAUGGAAUACGCUGACCGGAUUUUGCACGCUCACGUUUCACGAACACGCCUCGUCGAUAUCUGGCGUGUUGUUCAGCCACAAUCGUAAAUUCGUCGCUUCCGCCUCAUUGGACGGAACGGUACGUGCUUACGAUCUAGCGAGAUACAGGAACUUUCGAACUCUUACGUCGCCACGGCCGGUGCAAUUCUCUUGCUUGGCGAUCGACAGGAGUGAUGAAUUUAUCGCGGCGGGUGGUCAAGAUUUCUUUGAUGUGUAUCUGUGGAGCAUGAAACUCGGGACUCUUUUAGAGAUAUUAAGCGGUCACGAGGGACCUGUUGCAAGCUUGGCGUUCAAUCCCAAUCCUGCUAGUACGGAACUGGUAUCUGCGUCCUGGGAUAAGACGGUGAAAAUAUGGAAUGCCAUCGAGAACGGUUCCGCGCACGAGACUAUACGAUUAAUCGCUGAUGCCUUGUGCGUGACUUAUAAACCAAACGGGGAAGAGAUUGCUGUCGCUACAUUAGACGGACAGAUUACGUUUUUCGAGUGUAAAACGGCAAGACAAACGGGUUUCAUCGAGGGUAGAAACGAUUUAGGCGCCGGUAGAUCUAAAACAGACCUUAUUACAGCAAAGAAAAAUUUGCAGGGCAAAGCCUUCACUACUUUAUGUUAUUCGGCCGAUGGUACAUGUAUAUUAGCCGGUGGUCGUUCCAAGAACGUGUGUAUUUAUAAUGUUCAAGAGUCAAUAUUAUUGAAAAAAUAUGAAAUCACUCAGAAUAGAUCUCUGGAUGGUGUGGAUGAUGUUAUAAACAGGAAAUAUAUGUCUGAAUUUGGAAAUAGAGCUUUAAUUGAGUAUCGUGAAGGCGGAAACAUAUCGUUACGAUUACCAGGUGUUAGGAGUGGUGAUAAGGCAAGCAGGAGAGUCAAACCGGAAGUGAGAGUACUUUGCUUACAAUUUUCUCCUACAGGACAAGCAUGGGCUGCAGCAACAACGGAAGGUUUAUUGAUAUACUCUUUAGAUAUUGGAUUGAUAUUCGAUCCAUUUCAAUUGGAGCUUGGAGUUACUCCGGAUACUGUAAAAGAAACACUUAACGAACGCGAGUAUGCAAAAGCAUUAAUGAUGGCACUGAAACUAAACGAGAAGCUAUUAACACAACAAGUUAUAGAAGCUAUUCCAUACAAUGAAAUUGAAUUAACGACGACGAGUAUGCCAGACAUUUACGUAGAAAAGUUAUUGAAAUUUAUAGCGUCCGAACUGGAAUCAACUAGACAUAUACAUUUCUAUCUUCUAUGGAUAGAAACAAUUCUUACAAAACACGGAUUGCGAAUUAAUACUGCACUUCAAAUGCCGGUAUUAUUGAUGCUACAUAAGAAUAUGCAGAAGAAAUAUGACGAUUUGAGUAGAAUAUGUGAUUUUAAUCAAUACACAUUAAGCUACAUACUGAGAUUAGGAGAAUUAAAAUCUGCGAAAAAUAAAUCGAAACAUUUCGCUAUCAAGAUAGAUAACGAAUCUUUCUCCGAUGCUUCCAUAGAAGAAAUGGAUACCAAUUGAAUUUUAAAUUAAAUUUCAUAGAACGAAGAAAAUAAUACAAAAUUGUA